CGCGCGGCCCUGCGGAGGCGUGCCGCGAUUGGCUGGGCGCCGCGCGGCGGCCGGGGAGCGCUGGAGCGGGGAGGCUGAGGCGGGCGGGCGGCCCCGGGAGGUUGUCCGUAAAUGUUCAAAGAAGGAGCUGAGGCCAGGAAAGUGAGAGUUGCCCUGAGAGACUUCUCUACGUAAUUCAGAAUGAUUGAGGAGAGUGGGAAGAGGAGGAGGACAAUGGCGGAGAAGAGACAGCUGUUCAUGGAAAUGAGGGCACAGAAUUUUGAUGUCAUCAGACUUUCAACGUAUCGAACAGCCUGUAAACUGCGGUUUGUACAAAAAAGAUGUAAUCUUCAUCUUGUUGAUAUCUGGAAUAUGAUUGAAGCCUUCCGAGAUAAUGGCCUUAACACUUUGGAUCAUAACACAGAGAUCAACGUGUCUCGACUAGAAACAAUCAUUUCAUCCAUCUACUACCAGCUAAACAAACGCCUUCCUUCUACUCACCAAAUCAGUGUAGAGCAAUCCAUCAGCCUUCUCCUCAACUUCAUGAUAGCAGCAUAUGACAGCGAGGGCCACGGGAAGUUGACGGUAUUUUCAGUGAAAUCCAUGUUAGCAACAAUGUGUGGUGGCAAAAUACUGGACAAACUAAGAUAUAUUUUCUCUCAAAUAUCAGAUUCAAAUGGACUAAUGAUAUUUACAAAGUUUGAUCAGUUUUUGAAAGAAGUUCUAAAACUUCCAACAGCUGUGUUUGAAGGGCCUUCUUUUGGAUACACUGAGCAUUCCGUACGGACGUGUUUCCCACAACAAAAAAAGAUCAUGCUAAACAUGUUUUUAGACACAUUGAUGGCUGAUCCGCCGCCUCAGUGCCUUGUGUGGCUGCCUCUCAUGCACAGACUUGCCCAUGUUGAAAAUGUCUUCCAUCCCGUGGAAUGUUCGUAUUGCCGGUGCGAGAGCAUGAUGGGUUUCCGGUACCGAUGCCAGCAGUGCCACAACUACCAGCUCUGUCAAAACUGUUUUUGGCGUGGCCAUGCCAACGGUCCUCACAGCAACCAGCAUCAGAUGAAGGAGCAUUCCUCCUGGAAAUCGCCUGCAAAGAAGCUGAGCCAUGCAAUUAGUAAAUCACUCGGUUGUGUGCCAAGCAGAGAACCGCCUCGUCCUGUAUUUCCCGAGCAGCCAGAAAAGCCACUUGAUCUUGCACAUAUAGUCCCUCCUCGACCUCUGACUAAUAUGAACGAUACCAUGGUGACCCACAUGUCCUCUGGAGCACCUACACCAACAAAAAGGUCACAGUGCAACCCGGAUGCUGCCAGCCGAUUAGCUGAUGAGCAUGCGCUGAUUGCAACCUAUGUGACCCGGCUGCAGAGCGGUGCACGCGCCCUGGACAGCCCCGGCAGGCUGGACGAGGAGCACCGGCUGAUUGCCAGAUACGCCGCCCGGCUGGCUGCAGAGGCUGGGAAUGCACCUCGCCCACCAACAGACCUGGGUUUCAACUUUGAUGCCAAUAAACAACAAAGACAGCUGAUAGCAGAGCUGGAAAACAAAAACAGAGAGAUACUCCAAGAAAUUCAGCGUCUGAGACUGGAGCAUGAACAAGCCUCGCAGCCCACACCUGAGAAAGCCCAGCAGAACCCAACUUUACUGGCUGAACUCAGGCUUCUACGGCAGAGAAAGGAUGAACUGGAACAGAGGAUGUCUGCACUCCAAGAAAGCAGAAGAGAACUGAUGGUGCAGCUUGAAGGGCUGAUGAAACUGCUCAAAGAAGAAGAGCAAAAACAGGCAGCACAAGCAGCAGGCUCGGCACACUCGUCACCCACCCACGGAGCGAGCCGCCCCAUGCCCAUGCCCGUCAGAUCCACCUCCGCCGGCUCUACCCCAACGCACGUCCCCCAGGACUCGCUCGCAGGUGUCGGGGGGGACGUGCAGGAAGCUUUCACGCAAGGUACGAGGAGGAACCUCCGCAACGACCUGCUGGUGGCUGCCGACUCCAUCACGAACACAAUGUCAUCGCUGGUGAAGGAACUUCACUCGGCAGAGGAAGAAGAUGAAGAAGAAAUGGAAAAAAUGCAGAAUGGAAAGGAUCGAGGCUAGACAGAUGACCACAGACUGUACCGUAAUUCAGGCACAGAGGGCAACGCGGUGAGCUCCUCUUCGGAAGACGUCUCCACAUCCUUCGGCAGAGGCACGUUUCAGCUGAUGCAUCCACCAUCGUGCAACUGUGAACGAUCUCAACCACCUGCUGACGGCAGCGGCUUUCUCUUAACCAACUGGAGGGCUUUCCCUGCGGGCAUUUGCCCCUUAGGUUAUUGCAUGUACUAUUUUCCUAAAUGUCUUUCCUAGCGAUAAUGAGACAGUGCCCCAUGCAACCCAGCAAUUUAUGGGAGGUUAAAAAAAGGGGGGGAAAGAUAAUACUCCCUGCUCCUGCUAAGUGUUCUGAUCUUUUUUUGAUUUCCUACCAAACGGUGUCAUAACCGCAUCACACGCUGGUUGUUUCCUCUUGACUUCUGACCCCCGGGAUGCAUGAAAAAACGGGUGUUGCGCCUUUUGAGUUUCCUCGCGUGUAAUACCAAGGGGAUUCUGAGUGCAGACCCCCUAAAAAAACCCGCCUUCUAAAAAUACCACUCCGUCUGUCAC